AGUUCAUUGACCAAGUGGUGCAAGAAGCUGUAGCCAGAGAACUGUGAAUCUGCGAGGACGAGCACCUGAAGAGGAACGUUCCGUCCCCACGGCCGGCAUUCACCACCAGGACCAGAACUGCUGAACCAGAACUGCUGAACCAGAACUGCUGAACCAGAACUGCUGAACCAGAACUGCUGAAUCAGAACUGCUGAACCUUCACGCUUCCUUACCUAUCUGCUUGAAGUUUCCGGCUGAUGUGCUCUCAGAUGGAUUAUGCCAUGAAGUCUCUCAGCCUCCUGACUCCCUCCACCCUCUCCAAGGUGGUGACGUCGGCCAGCAGCUCCGUGAGCCAGCAGCUCCUCUCAGCUGCAGCUCCUCGGCCCAAGCCCUUCAGAGUCACUAACGCUGAGCGCUCUCUAAAGAAGGGCAUCAUGGCCGACGCGCUGCUGGACCUGAUCAACAAGGCCAGUGACUCGUUUAGUCUGGAGAGUGCGUGUGAGCUGGUUCUGGAUGAAGACGGCACCGGUGUGGACACAGAGGAUUUCUUCCAGACCCUGCCGGGCAACGCUGUGCUCAUGGUCCUGGAGAAGGGACAGAAGUGGAACCCGCGCUCCGAGAACCUCUGCAGAAAUCAGUUGGCCGAACAAAACCGUACAGAUGUGGCCAAGCUGACCCUGGACCUGUACAAGAACAACCCCAAGGACUUCAUCGGCUGUCUGAAUGUGAAAGCAACCCUGUACGGCGCUUACUCCGUGUCCUAUGACCUGCGCUGUUACGCUGCCAAGAAUGUGCUGAAGGAGGCUCUGCGAUGGACCAUCUUCUCCAUGCAGGCCACGGGCCACGUCCUGCUCUGCUCCUCCUGCUACAUUGAGCAUUUGCUGGAGGAAGAGGAGGACGCUGAGAAGAGCCUGGCGCUGCCGCAGGGGAGCAGGAUCCGGCAGCUGCAGAACAUGCUGCUCGGCAAGAAAAUACCCGCCAUGAUGGCCUGAUGGCAGACGUAGACACGCCAUCCUCUGCUAGAAGUGGACCAGUUGUGAAGAUGUGACGGAUAAAACUGGCCGACAAACACUGAGAUUACUAACAGUCUCUAACAGACUUACUAACACACAGUCUCUUCUCACUGUCACGUAUUAUUCUGUUACAUUUUUUUUCAUUUUGCCGUCUUAAACUCAAGCUAAAACAAGUCCUGCUCUGAACGCACUUUCACUGACUACUGUGUAACUUUUCUGACUGUAAAGAUAAAUAAAAAUGUUAUUUUAUUUCCUCACUGAUGAUAGUCCAGAGGUCUGCACCAACUCGACUUUUUUAAAUGACUGCAGCGUGAGCCCCCAUUAAACCGGCCGCGUGGUUCCAGAUCAUAGUUUGUGUAAUUGGUGAGAGGUCCAGCUGUCUCUCCCACGCCUCCCUAAUUGUCCCCUGGUCUGCACAGUCCUGUCAACCGCCGCCUGCCCCUGACUCCCAAAACCAAGGGAAGUGAGGGAAGAAGAAGGGAAAGCUGGCAGCUGCAGGAGCGAUGGGACGCAAGCAAACCAUCAUGCUGGGAGAGGUGGUGGUACAGCUGUUGCUGCACGGUUUUAACCAAAGUGGCUGAUGGAUCGAUCCCAGAGAUGUUAAAUGUGACUGGAACCCCCCCUUAUUUUGUCUUAAUUUCUAUAAUGUGUAAAUGGAGAAGAUGAAUAAGUUACUUAACCUGAUCACUUCUGAUUCACUUAGUCAUUUAUGUAUUUAUUUAUGUAUAUAUACAUGAUAUAUUUUAUAUAACAAAAGUUAUAAGCUCCCAAUAUCUUAAUCAGAGUUUUUAAUGGCAUCUAUAUUUAUUUUCUGUGUGAUAAAUAAAUAAAUAAAUAAAUAAA